CAUCCCUCAUUCGUAUGUGUGUUGUCGUUUGAUGAAGAUGGUAGUCAAAGCGAUCGAAGUGAAUCCACGUGCCGUUGGAAAUCCGGACGUCGAUAUGUCAUUAGCCGCUAAAAAUGCCAAUAAACGAUUCCGGAAGCAACUGGAAACAGCUUCCCAGUCGGAGGAAAAGUCCAUCCUGGUGGCGAAGGAGCUGAAAUUCGUAAAAUCGCUCGCUGGUAACGAUGCUAAGCUGCGUCGCAAAGUGAUGAAAAACCUCAAAAUUUGGUUGUCAACUCGUAGCCGGAGCUCCUUCGCGUUUACCGAUACUGAUUUUCUGCGCCUAUGGAAGGGACUGUUCUAUUGCAUGUGGAUGUCCGACAAACCACUCAUUCAGGAAAGCUUAGCUGAGGAAAUUGGUUCCCUAGUGAGGUGUUUCGAUGACUUCAAAAUCGCUUUGCAGUAUUUUGGCACUUUUCUGGAAACUAUGUGCAUCGAGUGGUUCGGAAUCGACCACUGGAGGAUGGACAAGUUUAUGAUGUUGGUUCGUCGAUGUACGCGUCAAAUGUUAAUAAUGCUGCAUGAAGCUCAUUGGCCAAAAGACCACGUCCGCAAUCUUAUGACACACAUUGAGCAGACUAUCCUUAAUCCGGAUAAGGCGCCAUUCGGACUGACAAAGCAUUUUGACGAUCUCCUGCUGCAGGAAAUUGCAAAGGUGAGUGAGGGCGAAAUUGAACCGGAAGUUGUUCACAUCAUCGUCAAUACAUAUGCCAUUAGUAUGCUCAGCACCAAUGAUAUGCGGAUGAUCAAGCACAUAACGUCCAGUAUAUUCCAUCCGUUGUUGUACCAAUCGGAGUUGGGUCAGGACUACCAGGAAAAGUUUGAUCUUUGGAAAAAGACUAGCUUUAUUACGGGGAAUAUCGAUGACGUUGAUUUCGAUGUGAAAUAUGAGUAUCAGAACGGCGAUAACUUUGGUGAAGACGAAGACGAUGGAAAUGAAGAAGCAAAUGGCCCCGGGGAGAAAGUUUAUGAUCCACGUGCUGGAAAUGUGGACGUUGAAAUCCACGAAAUUAAGUUCGACCCUUUGAAGAUUGUCGAAAUGUUUGAAAGCAAUCGCUUCAAGCCGUUUGUUACAUCGAAAGGCAAAAAACAGAUGAAAAUGUUGAUGCGACAGUACAAAAAGUUCUCGGAUGGUAUUUUCCCACUUGGUAUCCAAGCGAUGGAAAGCAUUGCAAAGAAGGAUUACGAAGUAGACAUUGAUGAUCAAAUUGAGGAGCUCGAAAACUUCCAGAAAGAAAUGGUAGGCGAGAAGGUUUCCAAGAAAAUGAAACGAAAAGAGUUGGCCAAAUCAAAACAUAAACCAGAUGAUAGUUUAAAGAUUACAGAAGCGAAUGUAUGGACAGAAACUGAAGAGACUCCAGCAGAUUCAGAACCGAAGAAAGUGUCCGUUGCAUCUGCAGCAAAAAAGAAAACAAGGAAAAAGAUAUCCAAAGCACAAAUAAAGGAAGAAAAGUUGAAGAAACUGAAAGCUAAGAGAGAUGAGAAGUUAGCAGCUAUCAAACAACAAAAGCAAGAAAUUAAAGCCCUAAAAAAAUCUUCAAAAAUGGAGGCGAUUCCAAAGUCUGACUCGCCAAAAAAAGAUGCAACUAGCAGUAUCCCGAAGGUAAAGGCACAAACUACGGAGCCAAAAGUUGCAUUCGAGGUACAGGACGAGUGGUCCGAACCAUUAAAAGAAGGCGAAACGGAGUUCUUUAUUCCAUCGAGAAAAACCAAAAUUAAAGAAGCCAACAAGCAACUCAACGACGAGCCAUCGCCUGCCGUCGCCGUCACCCCAAAAUUGAAGUCAUCUUUAGUGAAGAAUCCUUUUGCUACUCCGAAGAGCUCGUCAGCGAAGUUGAAGCGGACCCUCCUGAUGACACCGCAAACCGAUGGGCCCACCGAGAAGAAGCGUGUCAAAAUUGCGCUUAACAAAAACAUUUUUCAGGACCUGCAGCAGCACAUUCAGCAAGUGAAAAGCUCGCCCCAGGUACCGUACGAUUCCAGCAAGAAACCACCGAAGGGAGCACUGAAAGCGAAUCUGAUGCCAAGCCCGAUAAAUCCGUUCUAUAGGAAGAAAAUCGGCUUCAAGCUAAACGAUACCUUGUAGAACCCCGAGGCGCGUGCGGGGUUGUAAGUAUCUUUGUCAUACCCUUACUUACGACGUUAGUGAACAAUUUGCUUGUCGUGUCAUACCUAGUUUAAGUGAGAACAUAAAUUUGAGGAUUUCUAUGUGUAUUUUUUUUUUUGUUUAACGAUGAUAAUCAUAAUCUCACAGCCAUAUUUCCAACUGAAAGUUUGUAAGUAGUGCAUUAAUGGCAAUAAAAAUGAAUAUUGCCAUAUUUUUUUUUGUAACAAGACAUUAGGCAAUGUAAUUAGGUCUAUUUUUGUUUAUGUAUUGUAAUCAACAAGGUCAAAUUAUUAUAAAGACUUUUGUCCUACCCGGAAA